UAUUACAGUGUUCCACGCGUAUCUCUCUUUCGCCACGCGCUUCUACUCCUUUACGCUCACGGGAUCUCUCUCUCUCUCUCUCUGGAGCGAGAUCUUCUUUCUUCCCUCAUCUCUCUGUUUCGCUCGAUGCAUCCACCUGUCUCCGCGAUUUGAUGGACAAGAAGAAGAAGCUGCUGCCACACCUAAACCAAUUCACUUUCUCCGAUCAUCAUCCCACCGACUUAUAAGUCUUCUUCCCUCUAAUAAAAAAAACAAAGGAGAAGCUCUUCUUCUUCUUCUUCUUUCUUUCUCCUUCUUCUUCUUCCUCUUUUGAUAAUAAGAUGGCGCGAAAUCUAUUAUGGGUUGUUGUACUUAUUGUUGUAGUCUCUUGCCUUGUUUGGACACUGGAAGCGAGUGAAGGAGAUGCUGAUCCUCUUUACAAGUCAUGUGUUGAUCAAUGUCAAAAAACUGGAUGCGUGGGGGAUACUUGCUUCCAUCAAUGUAAAUUUUUUUCAGCUGAUGGAAAGGCCAAUGACGGUCCAUGGUACAUGCAAGAGCCACUUUACCUGCGAUGGAAGCAGUGGGAUUGCCAAAGUGAUUGUCAGUACGAAUGCAUGAUGACUAGAGAAGAAGAGAGGAAAAGAGACGGUGAGAAACCUACAAAGUACUUCGGUAACUGGCCACUCAAACAUGUCUAUGGCAUUCAGGAACCUGUCUCCGCUGCUUUCGCUGCUCUUGACCUUGCAAUACAGUUCCAUGGAUGGGUCUCUUACUUCAUCCUCGUUUACUAUCACUUGCCUCUCCAGCCAAACCGGAAAACUUACUACGAGUAUAACGGAUUAUUGCAUAUCUAUGCAAUCAUUGUAAUGAAUGCACUCUUCUGGAGUGGUGUUUGUCACAGCAGAGAUGUUGACUUGACGGAGAGGCUAGAUUACUCUUCAGCUACAGUACUAGCCGGGUAUACGCUAGUUCUAGCUGUAAUACGGUCUUUCAGUAUACAUGAUCAAUCUGCCAAAGUCAUGGUUACUGCACCUGUUCUUGCACUUGUAGCAACUCAUAUCAUCUACCUAAAUUUCUACAACCUUGAUGAAGGGCUUCACCGGAAAGUUAUAUACGGUAUAGGAGGAGUAGAGCUAAUAGUGUGGGGUUUAUGGGCAGCUUUAACGUCGCAUCCAUCUAAAUGGAAGCUAAGAGCUUUCUUUGUCUCGAGCAUACUCACAAUGUGUCUGAGAAUGCUUGACUUCCCUCCUUACAAAGGCUAUGUUGAUGCCCAUGCUCUUUGGCGAACUGCAGGGAUCCCUCUGUCUUAUCUUUGGUGGAGUUUUAUCCGUGAUGACGCCGUUUUUAGAACCACUGUUCUUCUCAAGAAAUCAAAGUGAUGAUUCAAGACAGUUUUAUCUUUCUGUCUUUUUUUUUUCCGGUGAGUUUCUCCGGUGUUCAGAAAGUUGUUUUUAGGCGCGUUUUCGCAGGAGAAGCAAAGUGUUUUGUUCUUCUGUGGUGAAUCUUGUUAGUUGUUUUGGGGUCUUGUGCUCUUUAUGUUUUGUGUUUUUUUUUCUCUCUCUAAGGCUCGCCGGCCGGAGAGUUGUAUGAUGACUCUUAAAAGUCCUUUUCAUUU